UGUGUUUGGUUACUAAGCAGCGCACAGUCAAAGGCUGAGGUUAAGGUUUAAGACCAGUCCCUGUUUUUCACGUCAACUUUGAGUCAUCCUCCCCUUUUACUUAAUUCAUUUGGGCAUUUAACUGGUGCACUGCUGCUGUCGCGAUUUUAAAGUUUGGUAGCCAUCCGAGGAGGAAAUGUGCAGUUUCACUGGAAAUGGAUCGAUGCAGGCGCAGUGUUAGACUCGGUGGAUUAACUAACAAACGAGAUACACCCGUGAAACCAGCACUGAGCAGAAGAAACGCGAUUAGAAGAUUUCUGCCCAGCAAGCAUUAUGAAGCACUUCCAGAAGAAAGUGGGGUGGAUGACAUGAACAGCCCCACUGUCAAACCAAGCAACCCAGCGUGGGUUGACGUUCUGCCUGUCCACAGCAAAUCUGCGAUGCGCUUGAGCAUCCCUGCCUUCACCAGAAACCUCAAACGCAAUGUUUUCUCGCCCGCCGUGUCGGCUACCAAAUCAUCACAAGUGUCACAGUCGGGUCAACCACACAUUCAGGUGACUGUCAGCACAGACGCUUUGAAAGAUGAUGAAAUGCAGAGUAGAGAAGAUGAGGAAAGAAGCGUCACAUCUUCUAGCAUGGAGCCAGACACGACUUUCAGCUCUGAUGAUGAGGAUGAGGACUUGUACUCCUUCGGGUCUUCCAGCAGCCUUCCCUCCCCAGAGAUUUUCAGAAAUGAAACCCAUGUGGAAACACCGACUUUGAAGAUUAACAAGAAGCCACCGGGUCUCCAUCUUCACAUAAAAAACUCCACCUUGCUGGACGAGAGCCAUGCCAAGAGCAUCAACAUGCAUUGUAGCCCCAAUCUUUCUACUAUCAUAGAUACUUCUACGAUUCUUGCUGAACAAAACAAUGAAAUCAGAGAACCUGAACCUGAGGCUAAACCACAAACAGACUUAUUUAAAUCAGACAACACGGCCAGGAAAACCCCAACAAAACUCACCAGCAGAAGGCCUAUCUUGUGUAAGAAGAAGGUCUGGUUUAAAAGUCCUGUCAUCGCAGAGACCAAACACGUACCAGCCUCCAGAUUAACGCUUCACAACACCAGUGAGCCAUUUCAAACACCCAGCCCGCGUGUGCGGAUCAAGCAUUAUGCGGAGGCCUCUAGAAGUAAAGAGAGAAGUUAUAACAAACAAACAGCAAUGCUAAAACGUAGCCCAGAGAAACCAAAGUUCUUUGACUUUCUCAGUGACAGCGAUAGGGAUGCAUUCUUUCAGAAAAUGAGCAAAAGGUCUGACAAACUCAGAAGCUUUGUUUUAUUUCCUCUCAUUGCUGCUAAGCACAAAUAACCUUCUGUCCUGACAUGUAGAAAUGUGGGCUUUUCCCUGUAAUCUGCACCAAAAAGACAUAUGUGUAAUAUCCUGUAUAAAAGCAGGCUGUGUGUGCUUUGAGAAUAGGUUGUAGAGGCUCAGUUUGACAAGUUUAAUUCCUUUUUACGUGUCAUUUUUACAGAGAAUAAUUUACAAGGACACACCAGUCAUUUACUUAUUUAUUUAUUUAUGUUCCUGCUCAUUAUAAAGUUUGUGAACAGUGUAAGUGACUGUUUAAGUCCCUUUGCUUCUCUACCUAACCAUUUUUUUUAUAUUACAUGCAUGCUUCAGUGUUUGUUUUUGUUUUGUCAGACUUCAGCUAUUAGUAAAUGAACUAAUUCACAUACUUGAUUGAAUAAUUCUGUUUAAAAUUGCACUUUCAAUGUCUCAUUUCAUCUAACUGUAAGCACUCAAAGACGCCCUUUAUGUUUAUUUCAUGUAAACGCUAUCAAAAAUUGUAUAAUUCAAAAUGACCACUAGAUGUCAGGGCUGUAUUUUGAUUGCUAACUAUUCUUUUCGUUGUCCUUGAGUUAGUGUUUUUCAGUGUUAAAAAUGUAAUAUGUGUUGUUGUUGUGUUGUUUGCUCAUUUGUUUUAAUCUGUAUUUCUAUUUACUUUAUUGUAUAUGUGUCAGUAUCAUCGCUUAAAGGGGUAAUUUAAACAUAGCGUAACCCAAUAUAUUAAAAUGUGGGAAAGACGAAUUUUAGUUGAUUGUUUUCAAUAUUUGGGUAACAUUUGUGUAAAUUUGCACACUUAUGUGAGUCAGAAAAUGUACAAAAUAAAUAAAAAUACAGUAA